UUCAUCAUGGGCCUCAAUGGUCUUCAUCUUCUGCCUCUUCUUCUGCUCUCCCAAGGAGUUCAUCUUGUUCACGGACGUUGUGCCAGUAAUGAGUUCCAGUGCACCAGUGGGCAAUGCAUUAACCUAGAAUGGAGGUGCGAUGGGACCAAAGACUGUGCGGAUGACUCUGAUGAGCUGAACUGCCCACCACCAGCAUGCAACUCGCAGGAAUUCAAGUGUGUGACGAGCGGUGAAUGCAUCUCACUGGGAUUCGUCUGUGACGGGGAGGAAGACUGCAUCGACGGGUCCGAUGAGCAGAGAACCUGUGGUGGACGCACCUGCAAGCCGGACCAGUUCACCUGCCAGGAGGGCCAGUGCAUCCCCAGCAAAUACAGAUGUGACCAUGUGAGGGACUGCGUGGACAACUCUGAUGAAAACAACUGCAAUUAUCCACAGUGCACUCAGAAGACAUGCGCUAACGGAGCCUGUUACAAUAACUCUCAGCAUUGCAAUGGGCUACAGGACUGCAGAGAUGGAUCCGAUGAGUUCAACUGCACCACCCACCACUGUCCCAUCCACCAGUUCGAAUGUAGGAACGGCUUCUGUAUCCCACUUUCGUUUGUGUGCGACCACUGGGAUGACUGUGGUGAUAACAGUGAUGAGCAAGACUGUGAAUAUUCAAGCUGCAGCGGCAGUGAGUUCACUUGCUCCAGCGGCCGCUGCAUUCCUCAGACCUGGGUGUGUGACAAGUUCAACGACUGUGGAGACUUCAGUGAUGAGAGGGGAUGUGAUAGCGACUCCCGGGACUGUUACCCCGGUGAGUGGGGAUGCCCAGGCUCAACGGCAUGCGUACCAGUGGCUAAAGUGUGUGACGGCAAACCCGACUGUCCCGGAGGAACAGAUGAGACCAACGCCACAGCGCAGCAAACAUGCGGCCUGGACCGCUGCUCCGCCUUGAGCUGCGAGUAUCUCUGCCACCCUUCUCCCCAGGGCGGUGCCUGUUACUGCCCUGAAGGAUUUAUAGUAGCCAACGACAGCCGCUCCUGCGUAGACUAUAAUGACUGUGAGAUCUGGGGGAUCUGUGACCAGCUCUGCGAGGAUCGUCCUGGGACGCACCACUGUAGCUGUGCAGACGGCUUCUUCUUGGAGCAGGGUCACAUCUGCAAAGCCAACGUGUCAGCUGGGCUGCCACAGCUCAUUUUUACCAACGGGGGUGAUGUGAUGAUGGCUGACAUCCACGGACGCUUUGUCAGGACUCUGGUGCCGGCACAGGGCAGAGGUUAUGCUGUAGGUGUGGCCUACAACAUUAGAAGUAAUUUAGUCUUCUGGAGCGAUACAAAUACCAAAAAGGUUUAUUCUGCCAACUAUAACGGGGAAAAUAUUAAGGAAAUUCUGACCACCGCAGUCCCGAAUGUCCAGAACCUCGCAGUGGACUGGGUCAACUCCAAACUCUAUGUCCUGGACGCCAGUCUGGAGCGAAUCGAUAUGUGCGACUUCGAUGGAGCGAAUCGAGUCACGCUGGUGGCGGAAAACCUGGAGACUCCUCACGGCCUCGCCCUGGACCCUACCGUUGGCUACAUGUUCUUCACGGACAUGGGUGUCAGCCAGGAGAAGACCAAGCUGGAGCGGGCCUUCAUGGAUGGCAGUAACCGCGUGGAGCUCGUCAAAAGCAGGCUGGGUACCCCCACCGGGAUCACCCUGGACAUCAUAACAAAGAGGAUUUACUGGUCCGACAGCCACUUUGACACCGUGGAGACAGUCACAUACAGUGGUUUGGACAGGAAAAUAGUCCUCAACGGUGCAACGCAGUCUCCGCAUCCUUUUGGGAUGGCUGUGUUCGAAAACCACGUCUUCUUCACCGACUGGUCCAAGAUGGGGGUGAUCAGAACGAAUCGCUUUAACGGCAGCGACCCAACACUCCUCUACCGGACAGCCAGUCGUCCAGGGCACGUCGUCGUCUCACACCCUGUCGUGCAGCCUUUUGUGAUGAACCCAUGCGGCAGACACAACGGCGGCUGCCAGCACAUCUGCGUGUUGAGUCACCGCUCAGACAACGACGGUUUGGGCUUCCGCUGUAAGUGCCGCUACGGUUUUGAUCUGCAGUCGGACCGUCGGAGCUGCUUCAAGGUGAAGGACUACUUGUUGGUGGCCUCCUCUCUGGCCGUGCGAGGAAUCCCGCUGAACUUAUCCCUCCAGGAAGACAUCACCCUUCCUCUUAGUGGACUCGGAUCCUCCUUUUCUGGCUCCGCCGUGGAAUUUGAUGGGAACGAGGAGGCUGUGUUUUACAACGACAGGUCCAAAGGACUGGUUUACAAGUCAAACCUCAAUGGCACCGGUCAGCAGAUCUUGACCGGCAACAGAGUGGGAAUUGCUGAUGCGAUGGCUUAUGACUGGACCUCCAAGGUUUUGUUCUGGACCACGUCGACUUACAGGGCGGUGGUGGCCUUCAGAGUCACAGACAAGUCCAGGAGAGACAUUGUUACAGGGCUGAGAUACCCAAAGGGUAUUGCAGUGCAUCCGAGUGCUGGAUACUUGUUCUGGUCUGACUGGUAUCGUCCAGCCGUCAUAAUGAAAGCCUUCACUGACGGCAGCAAUGCGGUUCCUCUGGUCAACACAACACUGGGGUGGCCGUACGGACUCGCUCUUGAUUAUACGAUGGACAGGUUGUACUGGGUGGAUUCCCUUCUCGAUCAGGUCGGCCACAUCAGCAUCGAAGGAACCGACCGACAGACGUUUACCAGCAUUGGCCAGAUAACUCAGCCGUACUCUUUGACAGUUUAUUCAGACUACCUGUACAUAUCUGAUACAAGGACUAGGGCAAUAUUUGAGAUGAGGAAGAGGGACGCAGGAGGAAGCAUCAUGAUCAGACAAGGAGUCACCGGCAUAAUGAACAUCAAGGCCUACACAGCCGACCUCCACAGCACCCUCUCCAGCCGCUGUAACAAGGUCCCCAACGGACUCUGCAGCCACUUCUGCUUCCCCACUCCCUCCUUCAGCCGGGUGUGCGGCUGUCCCUACGGCAUGAAGCUUCAGGACAACCAGAGGGACUGCGUCAAGGACGAUUCCGUCCCUCCACCUGACAACUGUGGCGAGUACGCCUUUGAAUGCGACGAAGGACGCUGCAGGCCCAACUCUUACCGCUGCGAUGGCGUUUUCGAUUGUGUGGACAAGACCGACGAGGCCAACUGCACCGAUGCAGGAGCGACGUGCUCUCCGUAUGCCUUCACCUGCAAAAACAAGCGCUGCAUAUACUCCAGCUGGCGGUGUGACGGCCUCGACGACUGUGGAGACGGCUCAGACGAGCUUAACUGUCCCACUCGUGUCCCGAGCACCUGUGCGUCUUCCUACUUCACCUGUGCUAACCACAGGUGCAUCUCCAAAAAUUGGGUGUGCGACGGCGACAACGACUGCGGGGACGGCUCUGAUGAGCAAAACUGCAAUUCAACCAUCACCACAUGCCCUCCCGGCUACUUCCUGUGUCCGGACCACCGUUGUAUCAGCAACUACUAUGUGUGUGAUGGGGACCAGGACUGUUUGGAUGGCUCCGAUGAGAACAACUGUGAGUUCUCCUGUCAGUCCUAUGAAUUCGCUUGUGCCAGCGGCGACCAGUGUGUCAGCUCCUACUAUCGUUGCGACGGCGCGUUCGACUGCAGGGACCAUUCAGACGAGCGGGACUGCCCAACUCGAGGUCCGGGCCUUUGCCACGACGACGAGUUCCAAUGCCAGACCGACGGUUUCUGCAUUCCAGACGAAUGGGAGUGCGACGGCCAUCCAGACUGCGAGGACGGCUCCGAUGAACACAACACGUGCCCGGCUGUCACCUGCAGCUCCUACUACUUCCAAUGCGCCAAUAAAAUGUGCAUCCCAACGAGCUGGGUGUGCGACGGUGAAAAUGACUGUCGGGACAUGAGCGACGAACAGAACUGCCCCACCCCUCCCUUCAGCUGUCCGUCCGGACAGUGGCCGUGCCCCACCGACCAGGUGUGCAUUGACCUGGACAAGGUGUGCGACGGCCAAAGAGACUGUCCUAACGGAGCAGACGAGUCACCGGUCUGCAACCAAGAUGACUGUGCACUGAACAACGGAGGAUGCAGUGACGGUUGUAUCCAGGGACCAUUUGGAGCGCAGUGUACCUGCCCACCAGGGUUUCAGCUCCUCAAUGACUCCAAGACGUGUGACGACAUCAACGAGUGCCUGAUCCCCGGAUUCUGCAGCCAGCAGUGCUUCAAUGAGAGGGGAAGCUUCAGGUGCCACUGUUCAGACGGUUACCUCUUAGAGCCCGAUGGACGCACAUGCAAGGUUACAGACCCACAGGCUGCUGUACUGCUGGUAACAAAACGCAGCCAGAUCCUCUCCAACAGGCUCAUCAUGAGACCACCCGUGAUCCAACCAGUGGUCACGGGUUCAGGCAUCGUCACUGUGGACUUUGACCGCGAGACUUCCAGAAUCUACUGGGCUGAUGCCACUCAGAAAAAGAUAUGGAGAGCCUUUCAGAAUGGAACAGAAAAACGAGAGGUGUUUUCCAGCGGUUUGAUGGUACCAGAGAGUAUCGCCGUGGACUGGGUGGGUCGGAAUCUUUACUGGACCGACUCUGUGCUGGAAAACAUCGAGGUUUCCACUCUGGACGGUCAGUAUCGGAAGGUCCUCUUAAACAAAAACAUAACCAGCCCCCGUGGACUUGUUUUAGAUCCCCGCAACCACACCUACCUGAUGUUCUGGUCCGACUGGGGUCAGAACCCCCGAAUUGAGCAAGCCAGCAUGGACGGAGCUGCGAGACGAGUAAUUGUCAGCACCAAGGUCUAUUGGCCCAAUGGUUUAGCGCUGGAUUACACCACCCGCAGAGUCUACUUUGCAGAUGCUUACCUGAGAUAUAUUGACUACUGCGAUUACGAUGGUAAAAACCGCCAUCAGGUCAUGGCAAGUGACAUGGUUCUCCAGCACCCACACGGUAUGACCAUUUUCGAGGACAGCGUCUACUGGUCGGAGCGCUACACCAGCAAGGUGAUGAGUACCAACAAGUUCCACGGUGGAAACAUCACAGUUCUUUUCAACAAUAUCUACCAGCCAAUGGGUAUCGUUAUGGACCAUCCAAUCAAACAGCCAGCAGCCAUCAACCCUUGCCGAGAGCACCUUUGCACACAGCUGUGCCUGCUGUCUACCCUGAGACCGAGGUACUACACCUGCCACUGUCAGUCUGGCUGGAAGCUGGAUUCAGACAAACGCACCUGCAUCAAAGACGAUUCUCCCUUCUUGAUGGUGGUCAGGGACUCUGUGAUCUUUGGCAUUCCUCUGGACCCAACUGACCCAUCCAACAAUGCCAUGGCUCCCAUAUCUGGCAUCAACCAGGGACAAGACGUUGACUUUGAUGACCAGGAGCAGUAUGUCUAUUGGGUGCAGAGCCCCGGUUCAAUUUGGCGAAUCAAAACCAACGGCAGUGACAGAGAUCAGUUUGCUCCGGCUGCUUACAUGGGCUCGCCAUCUGGUCUGGCCUUUGAUUGGAUAAGCCGAAUAAUGUAUUACACUAAUCCCACCAGCCGGACCAUUGAAGUUAUCCGCGUAGAUGGAGAUGAGAAAUACAGGAAAACAAUAAUCGCCUCCACUGGCAAACCAGAGGGAGCAGGAGAGCCUUUUGGAAUUGCACUGGAUCCAGCCCGGGGGAAGCUGUUUUGGACAGACAAAGGGUCAGAUAGUGGCGUUCCUCCAAAGGUUGGCAGCGCUGAUAUGGAUGGAGGCAACCUGAAGACGCUUUACACCGGGAACCUGGCGAACAUUGGCUUUCUCGCUGCCGAUAUCUCCACCAUGAAACUGUACUGGGGAGUUUCAGGGUCAGGGGUGAUUGAAUCCGGCACCAUGGAUGGAGUGACUCGUGUCACAGUGGUCAGCGGCCUGUCCCAUCCGUGGGGGCUUACAGUCCACCAGAACCACCUCUACUACACCGACCUGGACUAUGAGGUCAUUGAGAGGGUGGACAAGGAAAAUGGAGCCAACAUGGUGGUGAUGCGGAGCGGCAUGUCCGGCCUGCACGCCAUAAAAGUCCAUGCUCGGGACAACUCAGCAGGAACUGCAAAUGGCUGUAGCUCCAACAACGGAGGCUGUCCGCACCUCUGUCUUCCCAAACCUGGAAAUCAGAAGACCUGUGCCUGCACCACAGGAUUUUACCCCUCUCCUGACGGUGCCCGCUGUGAAGAGUACGAAUCGUUCGCCGUCGUCGCCACAACCAAGUACAUCCGUGGCUUCCACAUAAACAGCUCGGACCACUCUGAGGCAAUGGUGCCCGUUGGCCGAUCGAUUUAUUCCACUAAGAAUUUGCUGGACCUCCACAUUGAAUCGGGCUUUAUUUACUGGAGUGAGGACAGCAGCUACUCGUCAUACAGGGGCAUCUUCAGGGCCAAAACGGAUGGAGGAGGUUACAGCCGUGUCAUCGAUUCGGGCGUUGGUGUAGGAGGCGUUCAGGGACUGGCCGUAGACUGGGUUGCAGGCAAUCUGUACUUCACCAAUGCCUUUGAAAAAGAGACCUUCCUGGAGGUGCUGGCCAUCAACUCCACCUACCGAAUGGUUCUCCUCAGGAGUUUCGAGGACCAGCCCAGGGACCUGGCGGUCAGCCCCAAACUCCGCUACCUCUUCUGGGCGGAUGGUGGCCAAUCGCCCAAAAUUGAGCGUGCCCUGCUGGACGGGACAAAUCGCACUGUUUUGGCAUCUGAGAGCCUUGCGUCACCUCGAGGUCUAACUGUUGAUUAUACCAAUAACUUCCUCUACUGGACUGACGAUGUUCUUGACAUGAUCUCCCGCAUGGCCGCGGAUGGGACGGAGCGGCAGAUCAUCCGCUACGGAAGCCGCUAUCCGUCUCCAACAGGAUUGGCUAUUUUUGGAAACUACAUGCUGUGGGUGGAUAAGAAGCUUGAAAAGCUUUUCCAGGCCAGUAAGGAUCCGGCCAAUACUAACCAGCCAGAAGUAAUACGGGACAGCCUAGAGGGGCUGAUGGACGUCACCGUCUUCGACUCUCACGUUCAGCCCACCUCCGCCAACCUGGUGGGCUUCAACCCCUGCCAGGAAAACAACGGACGCUGCCAGCAGCUCUGCUUCGCCAUUCCCGACCAGGAGAAACCCAAAUGCGGCUGCGCUCACGGCUCGCUCCUUAGUAACGGAGUAUCGUGCGGUUACGGCCUGGAUGAGUUCCUAGUCUUCACCACGGACUACACGGUGAAUAGUCUGAGAUUAGACCCAGCGGAUCACAGCGUUCCCUACCCGACCGUCAACUUGGGCUACAACGUUCUGGCGCUGGAUUACGACUUUAAGGGGAAGCGGAUUUUCUUCACCCAGUCGAUGGGAAUCGGUCGGAGCAGGAUUGGCUACAUCUCAACGACAUCCAUCACCAGCCCUCCUGUAAUCUUGGCCUCCAACCUGGAUGACCCAGACGGGUUGGCUUAUGAUUGGAUCCACAAGCGUCUCUACUUCACCGACUACUAUAGGCGUAAUGUCCAGUCGAUUGGGCUGGACGGGCAGAACCGCUCAGUAAUUGUUCACGCAAACCGUCCCAGGGGCAUCAUCGUUGACCCGUGCUACGGUUACUUGUACUGGACCGACUGGGGCACUCCGGCUAAGAUUGAGAGGGCAACGCUGGGUGGGAAUUUCAGGACCUCCAUCAUCAACGACAGUCUGACGACGCCGAAUGGCCUGUCUAUAGACUAUGAGGAGAGGAUGCUCUACUGGGCUGAUGCAGGGCUCGACAAGAUCGAACGGGCCACCCUGGACGGCAGGAACCGACAGGUGAUCGUGCAGGGAGUCCAGUACCCGUUUUCCAUGACCGUGUUCCAGCAGGACAUCUUCUGGACGGACUGGACAGAGCGGGCGGUGUUCAGGGCAGGAAAGGACGACGGCUCUGGCUUUGCGGUGCUGGCCCAGGACAUGCAGUAUCGACCCAAUGACAUCCACGUCUAUUCAGGCUCUAAGCAGGAGGUGUGCUCCAGCUUCUGUCAGCAGUUCAACGGAGGUUGUAGUCACAUCUGUGUUUCAGGUCCUGUGGGACCUGAAUGCCAGUGUCCUCAUGAGGGGAGCUGGUACCUCGCAAAUAAUGGCAAAGACUGCAUCAAAGACACGGGGAAACGAUGUCAGCCUGAACAGUUCACCUGUCUGAACGGGAACUGCAUUUCAACACGGUGGAAAUGUGACGGUUUCAACGACUGCCAGGAUAACUCUGAUGAGCUGGAGAGAGUGUGUGCUUUCCACACCUGCUCGUCCUUGGACUUCACCUGCGACAACGGUCGCUGCGUCCCGAUGAGCUACGUCUGCGACUACACCGAUGACUGCGGCGACAACAGCGAUGAGCGGGGCUGCGCCUUCCCCACAUGUAACCCGGCAACGGAGUUCACCUGCUCCAACGGACGCUGCAUCAACUCCGACUUCGUCUGCGACGGCCGCAACGACUGUCGGGACAACGCUACGUCUGAUGAAAUCAACUGCCCUGACCGCAUAUGUCCAACUGGUCAGGUCAAGUGUGAACGCAACAAUAUCUGCAUCUACCCUGAAAACCUGUGUGAUGGUUUUAACAACUGUGGCGACAACAGCGACGAGAAUCCCCUCUUUUGUGCUGGACGAACAUGCGCCUCCGAUCAGUUCCGUUGUGAUGAAGGAAAGUGCAUUCCUCAGUCGUGGGUCUGUGACUCCAUCACUGACUGCAACGACAAGACCGAUGAACCGCCUUCUUGUGAGGACAUAGUCAGAACAUGCGCUGCGGAUCAGUUCACGUGUAGCAACGGGAACUGCAUCGUUCAAUCAAUGGUUUGUGACGGCAACAACGACUGCUGGGACAACAGCGACGAAGUUCCAGAGCUGCAGUGUGGCGAGCGCACCUGCAGCUCCAGCCAGUUCACCUGUCCUACCUGGUACCCGGGCCAUCCACGCUGUGUGCCACAGAACUCUGUGUGCGACGGGGAGAAAGAUUGCGCCAACGCAGCUGAUGAGCUCCAGAACUGUCCCAACCGGACCUGCCACAUGAACGAGUUCGCCUGCGCUAACGGGCUCUGCAUCCUCAUCCCCUACCACUGCGACCGCGUGAACGACUGCGGAGACGGCAGCGACGAGCUGAACUGUAAGUACGACACCUGCAGCAGCAGCCAGUUCACCUGCGGCAACGGGGCCUGUAUCCCAGCCUUCUACACCUGCGACGGGGAUAACGACUGCCUGGACGGUUCAGACGAGGCGGACAGCUUGUGUGUCACGCCACAGCCGACCUGCUCGCCCCAGCAGUACCUGUGCGGCUCAGGAGAGUGCAUUGACCUCCAUAAGGUGUGCAACGGGCAGAAGGACUGCCAGGACAACAGUGAUGAAAAAGGCUGCGGAGUCAACGAGUGCCUCAACCCACACGUCCACCAGUGCGCUCAGCUCUGCACGGACACCCUCACCGGCUAUUACUGCUCCUGCAACCCAGGCUACCGUCUUAUGCCCGACGGCAAAGCCUGCGAGGACCUGGAUGAGUGCACCGACACGCCGGCUGUGUGCAGUCAAAUCUGCGAGAACGCCGUUGGCUCGUACCACUGCAAAUGUGCUCCGGGCUACAUCCGCGAACCCGACGGGCGCACCUGUCGUCAGAACAGCGGCAUCCCCUCAUACCUGCUGUACACCAAUCGCUACUACAUCCGUUAUUUAUAUGUCGACGGGACAAAAGCUGGUAUCGCGCUGCAGGGGCUGUCCAACGUGGUUGCUGUAGAUUAUGAUGACUAUGAGAAGUGGAUUUAUUGGCUGGACGUGGGUGCAGGGAAGAUUGAGAGAAUGCGUUUUGAUGGCAGCGGCAGGGAGACGCUGGCGGAUCACAAUAUCGGAGGAGCUGAAGGCCUGGUUGUUGACUGGGUGGGCAGGAAGCUCUACUGGGUGGAUAGUUACUACAGCUCAAUUCAUGUGAUGGAGUUGGACGGGCGCUACCAGAAGAAGCUGGUGACUGGAGAGUUCAAAAAUGGAAAUGAGACAUAUUUCAUCAGCCGACCACGUGCUGUGGCCGUCAACCCCAAAUAUGGGUGGCUGUACUGGACCGACUGGGGAGACAAAGCGUACAUCGGCAGAGCCGGCAUGGACGGAAGAAACGUCAGCGCCAUUAUCACCACCAAGCUGGAGUGGCCCAAUGCUCUGACCAUCGACUACACCACCAAUAAAAUCUUCUUUGCUGAUUCGCAUCUCAACUUUUUGGACUUUGCAGACAUGGACGGCCAGAACCGGCACCGGGCCAUUGCCGGCACUCUUCCCCAUGUGUUUGCUGCCUCCCUGUUCGAAGACUGGAUCUACUGGACGGACUGGAACACUCACACUAUAGAGAGAGCGCACAAGUACACUGGCGAGCAGCGCACCGUCAUGGGGAACAACACCCAUCGGCCCUACGACAUCCGAGUCCACCACCCCUACAGACAGCCAAGAAGUGAGAACCCUUGCUCUUCACAUCAUCUUACCUGCAGUCAUCUGUGCCUGAUCAGUCCUGGAGGUCAGCGUGCCUUCUGCGAGUGUCCUGAUCACUUCAUUGGCUUAGCUGUGGGAUUUAAGAUCCAGUGUGUGGCGGACUGCUCCAGCACCCAGUUCCGCUGUGGAGACAAUGAGAAAUGCGUACCGAUAUGGUGGAAGUGUGACGGCCAAUCAGACUGCGGCGACGGCUCAGACGAACCUCAGACCUGUCCGCCUCGAUAUUGCCCCGUCGGCCAGUUCCAGUGUCAGGAUGGGAACUGCACCUUCCCCGGUUUCCUCUGCGACGGCCACCCGGACUGUCCUGACAGCUCAGACGAGGACGCUGCUCUCUGCAGUGAUCAUCGAUGUGAGGUCAACCAGUUCCAGUGUAAAAACAAGAUGUGCAUCCCUGUGUCCUGGCACUGCGAUGGAAUAAAUGACUGCUCAGACGGCAGCGAUGAGGACGCACAGACUUGUGCUCAGAGGACCUGCCGACCAGGAGAGUUCAAAUGCGCAAACGGCCGCUGUCUACCGUCGAGCUAUGUGUGCGAUGCCCAGGACGAUUGUGGCGACGGGUCAGACGAGCCGUAUGAAAUCUGCAUGGGUCCAGACUACAAGUGCGAUGAGGACACCGAGUUCUCCUGCAAGACAAACUACCGCUGCGUGCCUCAGUGGGCCCGCUGCGACGGCACAAACGACUGCCUGGACAACAGCGACGAGGAAGGCUGCGAGGAGCUGACCUGUGACCCUCUGGGAGAUUUCCGCUGCGACAACCAUCGCUGUGUUCCCAUACGAUGGAAGUGUGACGGCACCAACGACUGUGGCGACGGCUCAGAUGAGAGAAACUGUGAGCCAAGGUCUUGCACUGAGAGCGAGUUUCGAUGCGACAACGCUCAAUGCAUUCCUGGAAGGUGGCGGUGCGACCACGAUAACGACUGUGGGGACAAUUCGGAUGAACGAGACUGCGAGCUGCUGACGUGUCGCCCGGGCUUCUUCCAGUGUGACUCCGGUCACUGCAUCCCCACGGCGCUGCAGUGUGACGGCCGGGCCGACUGUCUGGAUCUGUCCGACGAGACCAGCUGUCCCACUCGUUACCCAGGGGGCCGAUGGUGUCCUCCGAGUCAGUUCCAGUGUGCGAAUCGGCUGUGUGUGCAUCAGAGCUGGGUGUGUGACGGCGUCGACGACUGCGGCGAUCGCUCCGAUGAAGUCCUCAGUCUUUGCUUGAACAUCACCUGUGAGAUGCCGUCGCGGUUCCGCUGUGCCAACGGUUACUGCAUCUACUCCGGCCUGCUCUGCAAUAUGAAGGAUGACUGUGGAGAUGGCAGCGAUGAAAAGGAAGACCUCUGCCGGGAGCCCACCCUGCCCCCCUGCACCCUGGAAGAAUUCAAAUGCACCAACGGACACUGUGUGGCCCUGCCGUAUGUCUGCGACCACAAUGACAACUGCGGGGACCGUACAGAUGAAAUGGGCUGCAAUUUUGGCCAAGAUCGGAACUGCGAUGAGAAGCUGUGUCAGCACGAGUGCACCAACCUGAACGGCACUGGCUUCAUCUGCUCCUGCAAGUCCGGAUAUGAAGUGGACCCAGACAGCACCUACAACUGCCUCGACAUUGACGAGUGUAAAGAGUUUGGCACCUGUCCUCAGGUCUGUAAGAACACUAAAGGCAGCUACGACUGCGAGUGCGUGUCUGGCUACAGGAAAGUGGGUGACGGCAAGAUGUGCGAGGCUGAAGGAGCCGCUCCUCUGCUGCUGCUCCCCGAGAGCAUCCGGAUCAGGAGGUUCAACCUGCAGACAGAGACCUACCACGACUUCCUCCAGGAGGAGGAGCGCAUCAUGGCCCUGGACUACGACUGGGACCACAACAGCACCGGAUUCAGCAUGGUGUACUUCACUGUUGCUGGCAAGGACGCUGAACCCGGUGCCCUUAAGAGAGCGUACAUACCUUCGGUGGAUGAUGGCAGCAAUAACAUCGCUGCUGCGGUUGACCUCGGCAUCAAAUACAUCACAUCACCAGAUGGCAUCGCUGUGGACUGGGUGGGCAGAAACCUUUACUGGGCAGAUUCCAGGGUGAAAAGGUUAGAAGUGGCCAUGUUGGACGGACGCUACAGGAAGCAUCUGGUUAAGACCGAUUUGGGGUACCCAUCUGCUGUGGCGGUCAACCCUCGACUCGGAAUGCUGUACUGGGCAGACCGAGGGGAUGCAGCUAAGAUCGAGUGUUCCUGGUUGGACGGACAGGAGAGAAAGGUUCUGGUGGCCGACGGCCUGGGUUGGCCCACCGGCCUCUCGAUCGACUACACCAACGGAGACAGGAUUUACUGGUCAGACUCCAAGGAAAGCCGCAUCGAGUCUGUCCUGCCUUCAGGAGAGCAACGCAGAACGGCGGUUUAUCUUGAUGUGAGGAACCCCUUCAGCGUGUGCGUGUUUGAGGACCACGUCUACUGGAGCACGCAGGAGAAAGGCGAGGUGUUUCGACAGGACAAGUUCGGCCGCGGAGACAAAGUGAAACUGCUGACCGCUGGACCCUGGCUGACUCAGAUCUCUGUGUACCAGCAGCAGAGAUACAACUCCAUGGCCGUGAAAAAUCCUUGUAAAGGAACCUGCAGCCACCUGUGUCUGCUCCGGCCGGGAGGCUACAGCUGCGCCUGUCCCGAGGGCACCAGCUUCAUCGCCGGCAGCAAGACAGAAUGUGACGCCGGGUUUGAUCCGCCACCCACCAUGCCGCCACCAUGCCAGUGCCAAAAUGGAGGCACCUGCUACUUCGAUGACAACAAGGCUCUUUGCAAAUGUCCUCCUGAGUGGAACGGAGACUUCUGCCAGACCAACAUAUAUGACGUGGUUGCAUCCUCAGUUGGGAUAGCCAUCGGGGUGACGGCGCUGAUCGUGGCCCUGCUGCUUGCUCUGGUCUACGUCUCCAGGAAGAAGUCCAACCUUAUGGAGAGGCUGCAGGGCAGCUUGCCCAGCAUGCCCAGUAUGCCCAGCAUGCCAUCCAUGCCCAAUUUUUCAGGCUUCAGGAGGGGAUUCACCCAAAAUGGACCAACAACACAAGAUGAAUCCAGGCAGAACUUGGAUACGGUUCCCUGCAUCUCUGUGUCCAUGGUUGACACGGAGGCGAAGAGCUUCGACAACCCGGCGUACGAAGCCGAAGGGCCGCUCGGCUCUAACAGCAGGGCGGCGGCCGCCUCCGCUCCUGCUGAAACAAACCAGGAGAACGUGAUUAACCCCCUUUAUGUGGAGGCUGGUCAAGCUGUUGGCGAUCCCACACCAACUUCAUCCAAACCUGCCAUUUCUCCCAAGGAGGCUGCCGGCCCAGCUGCAGAGGACGGUGACGCUGCAUCGAGCUCACAGGUAGCCAUGGAGGAGAUCAAAGCUGCUCAGGAUACGGCUUCAGUCUCGUUCCAGAAUCCCAUCUACACGGAGUACCAACAUGAGCCUGCCUCUGACUCCGACGUUUGAGACGACCUCGGCGCUUCUUGGCUGAUGGGGUGACGUUCCAGGCUCUGAAAUCCACCUGAAGACAUGAAUACACAGCCCCAACAAACUUAAAACGAACAAAUCUAGCUACAAACCUUGUAAAAGAGAAAAGAAAUAUAGUAUUUUGUGGCACCUUUAGAUGUAACUUAACUUCAGUGAAGGUAUUUGUAUGAAAAUGAUCAGAAAAAAUGUGAUUUGUUAUUACUAGAAUUAGUCUGGCUGAGAGAAUACAGGAAAUCAAAGCUUUUAAACUUUCAUGAUUUGGAGUUUAUAUCUUUUUAUUUUGUAAAUUUCUUUUAUUAAACUGCU